AACAUAUUAGAUUGUAUGAUGAACUGAUGGAAUGUCAUCAAUCUUAAUAAAACAACUGUACAAUUAACAUUCAAAAUGUCCACAUAGUUUUGUGUGUGGGAGGGAGUGCAAAUAAAUAAAAUCUUGCUCCCAAAAAGUGUAUUUCACAUUUCACCUAAACACAUGAUGCUUGAAGGCGCAAAGGAAUUCAAAAACAAAAAAGAUGAAAUAAAAAAGACACAAGCCCUCAGCAGUGAUUAUGAACAAACAGGAUAUGAUCGCGGACAUCUGUAUCCCAACAGUUUCCAAUGUGGUGAGGGCUGUAAGGCGACAUUUACACUGACUAAUGCUGCUCCUAUGGAUGCUUGCUUCAACCGCAUUCAUUGGAAGCUCUGGGAGGGUUAUUUGAAAACUUUUUUAAUUAACAGCCUGCAUGAUGAAGAGGCGACAGCUUACAUUGUCACUGGUACUGUACCUGGUCAGGACAAAAUACCACAAAGUGGAGACCGGGACUUAAAAAGGGUCACAAUUCCAUCUCACAUCUGGACAGCCGUUUGUUAUGAACACAAAGAACAUGACAAGUCUUUUUCCUUUGGAUAUAUCGGACUAAACCAGCCAGAAUUUAAUAUAGAGUUAAUGAGUGUUUCAGAGAUUAAUAAGCAGCUAUCUAAACCACCAAAUCCACCAGUUAAGAUUUUUCAUGAUGAUUGUUUCAGUGGCAAACCAGCAUCUGAAGAGGCUAUGAAACAAUUUUUAAAUCAAAUUAAAUUACCAGAGCACCUAAGAUUUCAAAUGUCCAAAAGUGCUCAGAACAGCUUACUUUCAAUCUUUGAUGCCAUCAGUAGUGACAGUACAGGUCCUUCAAACGAACCUACAGUUCUUGAUGUGACAGCAACCUUAGCUUUUGACAGUUCAACCUCUCAUUUGACCUCAACCGAAACACUGAAAAGAAGGUUUGACACAUCUUGUGUCGUAACUGAUGUCAAAAAACGUCACAGAUCUGAUAAACAAAAAAGGCAAGUGUCUGAGGGGUCUGAAUCUAUUGAAUGUCGGCUGGUCCCAGAGAAAUCUGUUGAUGGCAAGUCUUCAGCUGAUGGCUCUCCAUGCAGCUGUUCUGAGGAUAAUGGUUACAAAUGUUCCACACAAGAAAGCAAAAGCAAAUCGUGCUGCUCCACUCCCUGUCUGUACCAGGAACAACUAAAGGGCUACCGUUGUUACUCAGGUAAGACACAGAUAGAGUGCUCACCCCAGUACUCACUUAUCACGGUUAAAGGAAACAGAUGUCGGGACGAUCACCCCUGUGCCACAUACGGGAAAGACUACUACUGGUGUUUCAUAAACGACAAGUCCUGGGAACACUGUAGCCCCCCGCUGUGGGGAAGUAGGGCUAAAGAUGGAAAAUACUGCCGCAGCAACUACGCCUGUGCCAAAUACGAUAAAAAUGACCCAUGGUGCUACACAGAUGACAAAAACUGGAACUCUUGCUGUACUUCUGAUGACUACUUCUCAGCUGUCAACUACAAGACCUGCAAGCCUGAUCACCCAUGUGGUUACUAUGGCAAAACCUACCUGUGGUGCAACACCACUGAUGGCAAGUGGAAUUACUGCUGCAAAGAGUUCAAAAAAUAGUUUGUCAUGGGACAACUUGGACUAACACAUAAAUAACUAAAACUGAUUUACAUUUGAUUGUUUUAACACCUACUAACCUUGAAAUUCCUCUUUUUUUACAUCAUAAUAAAAGCAGCAAAGGGGCUCUUACAUUUGGAUUUAUAAAUAAACUUUAAACAAUGUUAUAGUAGCAAUAAAGUUAUUGCCUGUGAUUUCAACAUACUGUAGCUUAAGAAAAAAAAUCAAUAAAUGAAAUCCAGCUGUAGACAUAACGUGGCUAUAAAAUCAUUCUGUCAUAGUGAGAUUGACAACUGAAACUGAAAUUCUGAUCAUUAACAUAAAAUGAAUAUGCAUUUUGUAACCAUAAUAAAAAACAUUG